UUUAUGUGCUAAAGUGUUUUGCGAUUCAUAUUGUGAUGAUUUUGGUUCUUUUGAAAAAGGAGUUGCUGAUCAAAUUCCAGUUUCAAUUCAUAUAGUUCCAUUGGAUUGGAUGGUCUAUACAACUUGGUAA